UGGCAGCAUCAGCCUAGCGAGAAUUGCAACAGUAUCACAGGCAAGAAGACAAUUAGGUCUCGUGGCAGACGCUCUGGAUACUAUCAUGCCGAUUCGACCGUCAUAGAAAGGAGCUGGAUUGUGACUGUCGAAUAGUCUAACGGCCAAAUAUAGCUGAAGCUUCCACACCCGCCUUUUUUUGGACAACCUCAAGAGCCUGUUUGGCCAUCUUCUAUCUGCUACUACAUCAGACAGACCAGUGAUGUAAUAAUCUUUAUAUUCUUCUAAAUCAGCAAAUGGCAACAGGCUCUGAAGAUCGCCCAGAUCCCAUUUCUGGCAGCGACACGGCCGCUGUGUCCCCGUCCUCCGCUCAGAGCGAGAGGAGGCAGAGGCAUUCUUGUGUCCUCUGUUCCAGACGAAAAGUGAAAUGUGACAAGCACCAUCCCUGUUCUGCAUGCACUAAGGCUCAAGUCCAAUGCGUUUUUUCCUCCCCGGCUCCUUCGCGGAGACACAAGAGGAAACAUGUCGAAGAGGAUGUCUACGCCCGCUUGAGGCGGUAUGAAGACCUGUUGAAGAAGAACAACAUCGAUACGAGCACCAAUGAUGGCUGGAUUCAUUACGGUGUUGAGUCGAGAGCAGCACGUCAAGUGCCUGCUACUUCUAACCAAGUGGCAACAGGGCAGAAGAGCAAGUCUGCUGAGAAGGAGAGCAAUCUCUGGGUCUAUCUGAGCGACGAGCUUCGUAACCCUUCCCAAGAUCGGCUUGCCAAAGCCUCACCUCCUCCAGAGACCAUAUCCCCCAACCGGGUCGGUCCAGCUGAACCGUCUCCGGACGGGAAUUUCCUUUUGUUGGGAUCGGUUCCGCCAGGCAUUGACCUGGCAUCUGCUCAUCCACGGCCUUCGAACAUAUUUCGUCUAUGGCAGAUAUUUCUGAAUCAGAUCCAUCCUCUGACCAAAGUCAUUCAUGCUCCCACGGUCCAGCAGCAGAUUCUGGAAGCAAGCGAUGACAUCCAGAAUAUACCGAAGGAGCUGGAGGCUUUGAUGUUCGUGAUUUACUACUUUGCUGCCCAUGGCCUAAAACAGUCCGAGUGCGAAAACUUGUUUGGCGAGGACAAGUCGGUGCUUGUCUCGAGGUAUUGUACAGCAGCACAGAAGGCACUGAUUGCAGCUGAUUUCAUUUCGUCAUCGAGUUUGACGACCCUUCAGGCAUUUGUUCUGUUCUUGUUUGCAACGCAUAAAUCGAACUCCUUAUUCAUCCUUGCUGGCGUUGCCCUGAGAAUAGGACAGCGACUCAAUCUGACCCAGGUCCAGCCGGGUCCUGGCAUAACUCCUUUUGAAUCUGAGAUGCGACUCCGCCUCUGGUGGCAGAUUGCAUUCUUAGAUCUUCGCGCGUCGCGUGCUGUCGGGUUACACUCAUCAUGCUCCAUGCAAUUGCGUGCCUCGCGGCCGCUUGGAGCAGACCUGACGGAUGCCGACGAUGAUGAUGUCAGACUACCUCUUAAUGUCAACGACUCUGACUUGUAUCCUGAGAUGAGCUCCCUGCCAAUCGAACACUCGGGGCCAACUGAGAUGAUCUACUGUCUGAUGAAAUACGACGCCGCACUCUUUCUACGGCACUCGCCAACAGCCGCUCCGCUCAAGGGACGGCCGCAGGUACUAGCAACUCCAGCGCUUCCAAUGGCCGUCAAGGAUAAGAUCCUCAACGAGCUCGAAGACUUGUUCAACCGAAAGUACUUGCGAUAUUGUGACCCGCGAAUCCCACUGCAUUUAAUUACCAUGACCAUGGCGGGGUUGGCAAUAUCUCGACUGCGAUUCCUCUCACACCACCCACGCCAGUAUCCUGACGGCCAGGCGUCGUUGUCACGGGAGGAGAACGACAUGUUGUUUGCUAUGAGCGUUAAGCUUCUUCAGUUGGACACUCAACUCCGCAGGAUCCAAUUCCUAGAAUACUUUCCCUGGCAUGGAAACGCUAAAGGACAACUCGACGCCUUUAUUUAUGCACUCAGUGACCUCCGUCGUCGAACUACAGGAGAUAUCGUCUCGAACGCUUGGGAGCAAGUCGAGAUCCUCUUCGAAGAGCACCCGGAGUUGAUCACUGAUCGUGAAAACAGCCUUUAUUCCGCUCUCCGUGAGCUGACCCUUUCUGCAUGGGAAGCCAGAAAAGCAGAACUCGUCCGUCAACGACAGCAUGAUGCCUCAGACACUGGACCUGUGGAUCCAAAUUUUAUCACUCAACUUCUCUCGUACUCUAACAACACUCAACUCGAUUCUCAUCAUAGUAAUAGCACCACCAGCAGCAGCAACAACACCACCAACAAUAAUAAUAAUAACAACAAUCAGACACCACACACCGACAUCCUACCCCCGGAAAACACAAUGUCCAUUCCAGCAAUCAUACAAAACCCACCACACCGUCCUCUUCAACGUACCGACCACCCAUUGAACAGCACGGGCGGCAGCACCUUUCUGGACUUCCAGAAUGAACGAUCUGCUGCUGCUGCUGCCACUGAAGUCGGGCUACCAAUGAACAACAAUGACGACAUGGACUGGACGUACUGGGAGGAUCUGAUGCAGGGACAAAACCAGAAUCAGAAUUCGAAUUUGAUCUUCCAGAGCCUUGACGGAGAUUAUUACGGAAGGCCGUUUUUCGAACAGAAUCGGUUUUGGCAGUAAUAUUCUUCAAAGGAUAAGGAUAGGGGGGGACGAAGAGAGUGUUCUAGUUAAUUACUAUAUAUGGGGUGAUCCACGCACUUAUUGUAACGUAGUUAUCAUCCUUAGAAAUACCACAGAAUCGAAUAUGGUGUAUGGUGUACCAAUUAUCGGGAAAACAAGUUUUCAUGUACUGUACAUACAUACAUUCGGAUGGUGAGGUGAUAUGGAGGCCUGCCUGAACCGUUGAAGGUACCUCUCUAUCGUGUGAUCUAACCCAGUUACUGUAUCGUCGCU